GUACAACGUCGCACGUUUACAUUCUCCCCACGUUGGUCAAUCUGGCAUUCAGGCAGAGUUUACGCAGAAUGACUCAAUUCGACAUCAAGAGUAAGUGAGCGUUGUGUGGUUCAGGCUUGUUUUAAUCGGAUGCUAAAUGCAGGCUAGUCGUCUCGGAUACCGUGUGCCCGUGGUGCUAUGUCGGGAAGAAGCGACUAGAGAAGGCCAUCGAGUUGUAUAAACAAAAGCAUCCCGAGUCCAAUGAUAGCUUCUCUACGACGUGGUUUCCCUUUUACCUCAAUCCCGACGCACCCAGGAGCAUCGACAAGGUCAAAUACUAUCAGUCCAAAUUUGGCGAGGCCCGCGCCCGCAUGAUCUGGGAACGGUUGAUUGAGCUCGGGAAGCACGAAGACAUCCACUUCGUCUUUGGCGGCAAGACUGGAAACACGCGCGACUCGCAUAGACUGGUCCAGCUGGGUAAGACAAAAUCACCUGCGGUCCAGACUCGGGUCAUUGAAGAACUCUUUGCGGCCUACUUUGAGAACCAGGAGGACAUCACCUCGCAGGAUGUGCUGAUCCAGAUCGGCGUCCGGGCUGGGCUCGACGAGACCGAAGUGAAGCAAUGGAUGGACAGUGGCAGAGGGGGACCGGAAGUCGACAAGGAGGUUCAGGAUGCGUACGAGCAAGGAAUCUCCGGCGUCCCCAACUUCACAAUCAAUGACCGCUUUGAAAUUGGCGGCGCCCAAGAGCCAGCGGCCUUUGUGCAGCUCUUCGAGAGGCUGAAGAAGCAGGAAGGCGGACCUGCGCCCGCGUCAGGUGCCGCACCGAAAUGUUGAUCCAUCCACCAUACUGUGUAGCCGUCUGAAGGUGAUGUUGAAUGAAGUUGUUGGCCAGCAUGCGGCUCGCGAGAAAGUCGAUCAAAUCAUAACUUGGCACAGUUUCUACCCAAGCUUCAUGGCACGAG